AUGAAGCCAGAAGAGGAUCAUCUCGACGACAAGCCCGCCGUGCGCCGGCGUGUGGGCGGAAGCCUGUUUGUCUGCUUUGCAGCCUCCAUCAUCGAGUUUGCCACCGCAGCCGACUUUUGCGACACCACUAAUUCCUGCGACGACGCCGAGAACGGCUGGGCCAUUGCCGUUGGCGUCAUUUCUUCAUUCAUCUGCUUCAUCCGCCUAGGCCUCAUCUUUAACCAAAUGCACAUUGACAAGAAGCUUGACGUUGGCGUGGCGCUGCUGCUGGUCAUCUUGUGGGCAUUUGGUGCCGCCUUCACCACGCGCGCUGACGGCCCCUUCCCCAUCUCUGGCAACGGCUUCUUCUCAACCUGUGAGUCUCUUUGCUUUCUUCGUCUGCUCCCGUACUGCCCUCUUGUUGCCGGCGAGAUGCCACCUGCGAUUGCCUUUCUUGCUGCGAUUGUGUAUGCGUCCAUGGCUCUGCCCCGAGGCCUUUGGGUCUCUGCGCAGCAACCGUCCGCCGUUCGUCAAUGGCGCCAUCUUUCCUCGUCUUCUUUCACCUCCUUCGUUAAAAUGGCUGUUGCUGCGGAUGUGUGCGACAGUGUCAACGACUGCUCGGAGCGCAACGGUUUCGCUGUCGCUGUCGGCGCAAUCGCCGCCGUCGUCUGCAUCGGCCACAUGUGCAUCCUCCGCUUCGCCCCAGACUCAGCGCACGCUGCUGGCAAGGCCAUCUCCGUGUUCCUCGUGGCCUGGUGGGCGGCCGGUGCGGGCGUCAACACCAGCGCAGAGGGGCCGUUCAACUCCAGCUGCGGCGCAGCCCGCGGCACGGCAAACGGCUACUUCUCGACGUGGGUGGCCUUUUUCACGUCGCUGUACAUGUGCUACCAGCACUUCCACCCCGACCCUGACGCCGUCUUGUCCCGCCCCCGCAAGCACAAGGCAGCAAAGGGCCAGGAGCAGCAGGAAUCCCCCAACCUGCCACAACAGCAGCCACAACAACAGCAGCAGACACAACAGCCAUCAUCACAACCAGAGCCCGCGACAACGACAACCACUGAGCCCUUGAACACGAGCGACACGGCCAGUCAACAGCAGCAGCAGCAGCAGGGCGACUCCCUCGCGCUGGAGCCUGCGCACGAGCAAGUCUGA